UUCGAUUGCUCUGGCAUCUUUAUUUAUUAGCUUUGCCUUCCUCUGAAGCGGCUGCUGUCAACCUGCCUCUGACGCUAGCUAGCUUGAAUCAGUUGUGUAGCCUUCAGUAAUGACUUCUGACCUUAUUCUACCUCAGUGACAAUUAGUUAGUGUUUAUAUUAAGUAGCUAGAAGUAGUGAAGGCCAUGGGAGUACCGCAGAGCUCGUUUUUGUCGGACGGGGGAACUUCCAGUGGAUAUCAUGUCCACGGGCUUCAAGAGGACUCCCCAGCUCUGAGGGCUGGCCUGGAGCCUUUCUUUGACUUCAUUCUCUCCAUAGGAAAUACCCGACUUAAUAAAGAAAGCGACCUGCUGAAAGACCUUCUAAAGGCCAAUGUGGAGAAAGCGGUCAAACUUGAAGUGUACAACUCUAAAUCCCAGCGGGUGAGGGAACUGGAAGUGAUACCCAGUAACAUGUGGGGGGGUCAGGGGCUGCUGGGCGCGAGUGUCCGCUUCUGCAGCUUUGAAGGAGCCAAUGAGAACGUUUGGCACGUCUUGGACGUGGAAACUAAUUCUCCUGCAGCUUUGGCCGGCCUUAUUGCUCACGAUGACUUCAUCGUGGGAGCUGACCAGGUGUUGCAAGAUUCAGAGGAUUUCUUUUCUUUGAUUGAAGCCAAUGAGGGGAAACCUCUGAAGCUGCUGGUGUACAACACACAGACGGACAACUGCAGAGAGGUGGUGGUGACUCCAAAUGGAGCGUGGGGAGGAGAGGGAAGCUUAGGCUGUGGAAUUGGCUACGGCUACUUGCACAGGAUCCCAACUCGUGCAGCUCAGCCGAACACCCAGAAUGUUCCGCUGGCCGCUGUGAUCGACGGCAGUGAAGAGCUGUUUGCGAGCGACCACACUGAGGUGCCUUCAGUGGAGGCACCAAGCCCCUUGAGCGUCAGUGAAAUCGAUGUGAAUGAAAUGGAAGGAGCUGUGCAGGACCUGUGCGUGUCCUCGCCCGCUCAGCCAGCUGUGGACUUUGAUACUUCCAACAUAAACGAAGAGAUGACUCCAGACAUGGAUUCCACCAAUGACGUGGGCCAGAGCUCCAUGUUUGUUAAUUAUGGAGAUGAAUCCGGUGAUCGUUGUAGCUUCGAUACCUCAUCUGUCCACCAAAGACCUCACUCUCCUGAGAGGGAGGAAGACUCAGACAUCCCGGAGACCGAGCGGCCGGGCGUUACUGACCUCAUCGCCACCACUUCUCCGAGCAGAGAUGCGCACGACCUCGAAGGCCUUGAAGUCGCCACGGAGAGCCCGAGUGACGCUAGUUCUGAGCGCUUAAGCUCAGCGGACGUUAUGGAGGAGGAGACUUCGCAAACGGUGUCAGGCAGUUAAGAAGAGUAGCCUGUUCGUAUCGUUACACUAGGAUACAGAGAGCUUCCUUUAUGAUUGUAAGUCGCAUCACUGGAACUUUUUUCUUUUUUGAGUUUUAUAUCCAGGUGCCAUUGAUGCAUGUUGCACAUUGAAGACGAGUACAAUAUGAAUGUUCUGUUUAAGUUAGGCAUACUUGCAUGUCUCAACAUCACGCAGGAUGAAGCCUUCGUUGAGUCUUUUGUUCAAAGUAAUCGUUCGCACUGAGAAGUAAUCGUGUAGCUCUCACCGUCAUCGCCUGCUGCUAGUAUCAAACAUAGAAGAAGAGUUCACACACAUCCAGCAUGUGGUUUUAUUUUUAAUAUAUAUGUUGGAGUUUGGUUUAUUUCUCCGUGGUUCGAGCGCACAUGAGAAAUAUAUUUUUUUAAAUCUCAGGCAUUUUACCAUUUAAGCCUCUUUGCCUUACGCCUCGUUUUAACCCCCCCUCUUGAUCGGUGUAAAUGAGUGUCUUCUGUUUCUUCUCUUUGUAUAGAUUUUAAAUUCAAUUAUGUUGCCCGACUGUUAUGGCUGGAAACAAAUAUUUAUAAUAAGAAGAUAAACCUG